CCCAAAUGUUUGAUGAGCUUGGGAGAUUUCAUUACUCUUCAUCUUAUCCAGGAGGCGAGGAAAAGAUUGUCCAUACAUACUUGAUCAGGAACCUGUACCUACGAAUUUAACUUCGCUCUCCAAUGAAUACGCUGGUUAAGUUGUGUCUUGUCGGCGGUUUAGGCGCUGCUUUUCUCGCAUAUCAGUGGAGUGAGCCAUCCCUUAAUGUGGAAUCCUUAAAAGGUGUACGUGUCUUGGUCACUGGUGCCAGCAAAGGCAUUGGUGAGCAGAUGGCAUAUCACUAUGCCCGUUUUGGUGCCCACAUCGUCAUCACAGGCCGAACGGAGAAAGCAUUACAACAGGUGGUGAAGAAAUGUAAGGAGCUGGGUGCAAAGAAAGCUGAAUACAUACCAGCCGACAUGUCCUCCACCACCGACCCCUUCACUGUGGUAGAGUUUGCGCUGGACAAACUGGGCGGGUUGGACCACCUGGUGCUGAAUCAUAUUGGGAUAACGUCAUUUGGUUUGUGGGAUGGAGACGUGGAACAUGUCAGGUGGUUACUGCAGGUGAAUUUUCUGAGUUACCUGCAGAUGACGAAAAAGGCGUUGCCUGCGCUGGAGGAGAGCAAAGGUUCCAUCAUCGUGGUCUCAUCCAUGGCAGGAAAAAUCUUCACCCCGUUCGUAGCGCCGUACACGGCCACUAAGAGCGCCCUGAACGGGUUCUACGGUUCCCUGCAGCACGAGCUGGCCAUGCAGAACAGGAACGUGUCCAUCACCAUCUGCACACUGGGGCUAAUAGACACAGAGUCGGCCAUGAGGGCGGUCAAGGGCCGGACCAGUCUGAUACCCUCCCCAGCCUCUGAGGCUGCCUGGCAAAUGAUCAAAGGGGGAGCCCUUCGACAGUCUGAGGUCUUCUACCCUUGGACCACUUACGUUUACACCUUCUUCCGAGACUGGUUCCCCUCCCAGAGGGACAAGAUCAUACGGAGCAGCUACCAUCUCGAAGCGUGAUUCGCUCGGACUGAAACUGGAGUCGGAACUGGUUCACUGUUCCAUGAGCGCGAAUGUGUAAUUAGGAGAAAACUGGACUGAUUAUGCCCAGUGAGUUCAUUACUUUGAGAUGGGUCUUUUUUCAUGUUCGAUAUGUCGAGGAUGUUGUAUUUUCACCUUUUAGGUCUGGAUUCAAAAUUGUACGUUUUAUUAAAGUGUUUGAACUAAA